AUGGCCUGGAUGACAGGCUGGCCUGUCCAUGAGUCUUAUCGGUUCUCCAAGUUGUGCAUUCUGCAGUACCAGCCUUGCAGCGUCAGCCUAGGCAUGGUCCCCAGCAGCACCCUGGCAGGGGGCAAGCUUGAGGACGCCCAUAUCCCGGAGGAGAGAGAAGGGACUCGGAAGGAGGUGACGUGGGAAUGGGUGUGGACAAGGAUAACGUCAUUAUUGGUGAAGUCAGCACAGGGCCUCAACCAGAUGACUUCCAUCUGCACGGAGCUGGGGCCCUGUGAGGGCUUCCUCUCCGGCUUCUUCACCCGGGACCAGAGCUGUCCGCUCAUGCUCCAGAAGACGCUAGAGACGAACCCAUACGUCAAAGUUCUCCUUGAUGCUAUGAAACACUCAGGCUGCGCUGUUAACAAAGAGAGACACUUCUCCUGCGAAGACUGUGACGGAAAUGUCAGCGGAGGGUUCGAUGCCUCAGCGUCUCAGAUUGUUUUGUGCCAGAAUAAUAUCCGAAAUCAGGCUCACAUGAGCAGAGUUGUAACCCACGAGCUCAUUCACGCCUUCGAUCAUUGUCGGGCUUACGUCCACUGGUUUACCGAUGUCAGACAUUUGGCAUGCUCAGAGAUUCGAGCUGCAAGCCUCAGUGGAGACUGCUCACUUGUGAAUGAAAUCUUCAGGUUGCGUUUUGGAUUAAGACGACACCACCAGACUUGUGUGCGGGACAGAGCUGCUCUUUCAAUCUUGGCUGUGCGGAACAUCAGCAGAGAAGAGGCCCAGAAGGCUGUGGAUGACGUUUUCGAGUCUUGUUUCAAUGACCGUGAGCCUUUCGGCAGGAUCCCACAUACUAAGACCUAUGCCAGAUACGCUCACAGGGACUUUCAGAACCGUGACCGCUAUUACUCAAACAUAUGAAGAUGGCCGCCAUCUGUAUCCCUGAGCCUCAGGACCAUGAGGGAGAUGUCCUUAGACACAGAGUCUACAAUCGUAUGGAAUAAAGUGCAGAAGGAACUGGGUUUAGCAUUUGACUAUAAAAAAUAAAUAUGGCAAAAAAGGAACUCCUUAAACUGCAAGGCAAAAUUGGAUCUUUAUAGUUAACUAUUUAGUAAAUAAGGUAAAUAAAUGACAUUUUUAUAUUUUC